AUGAGCCAACUUUUCUCUAUCACCUACUCUCUUAAAUGGCUGUACGACUUCUACACCAAGAAACCUCAGUUGACACACAUCAUGUCCGACCGCAUUGAAGUGUCUGACUACAGGGGACUUCUCAUCACCUGUUCUGACUACAGGGGACUUCUCAUCACCUGUUCCGACUACAGGGGACUUCUCAUCACCUGUUCCGACUACAGGGGACUUCUCAUCACCUGUUCCGACUACAGGGGACUUCUCAUCACCUGUUCCGACUACAGGGGACUUCUCAUCACCUGUUCCGACUACAGGGGACUUCUCAUCACCUGUUCCGACUACAGGGGACUUCUCAUCACCUGUUCCGACUACAGGGGACUUCUCAUCACCUGUUCCGACUACAGGGGACUUCUCACCACCUGUUCCGACUACAGGGGACUUCUCACCACCUGUUCCGACUACAGGGGACUUCUCACCACCUGUUCCGACUACAGGGGACUUCUCACCACCUGUUCCGACUACAGGGGACUUCUCACCACCUGUUCCGACUACAGGGGACUUCUCACCACCUGUUCCGACUACAGGGGACUUCUCACCACCUGUUCCGACUACAGGGGACUUCUCACCACCUGUUCCGACUACAGGGGACUUCUCACCACCUGUUCCGACUACAGGGGACUUCUCACCACCUGUUCCGACUACAGGGGACUUCUCACCACCUGUUCCGACUACAGGGGACUUCUCACCACCUGUUCCGACUACAGGGGACUUCUCACCACCUGUUCUGAUGUUGCUCUUGUGGCUGGAGGAGAGGCAGUCCAGGGGCAGACGGGUGACCGUGAGGCUGAGGGGAAGGAGCCUCCCCCCAGGCAGCAGUGUGUUGUGGACCAGCUGCGGUGCGUGGAGGAGCAGAGGGGGUAUGUGGAGUGUCUACGCCAAGAAAUCCAGACUGAACAGAGACGAGCUGAGAGAAAUCUAGAGCGAGAACAGGCCCAUCUGAGACAACGACACACUGACAUCCAGCAGUGGAUCUUACAAGAGAAGCAGCGUCUGGCAUCUAUAACCUUAGAGGAAAGAGGAACUCAGGAGUUUAGUGUACAGACUGAUCCUUUACAGGCUGAUCCUUUACAGACGGAUCCUAUACAGACGGAUCCUUUACAGACUGAUCCUUUACAGACUGAUCCUUUACAGACUGAUCCUUUACAGACUGAUCCUUUACAGACUGAUCCUUUACAGACGGAUCCUAUACAGACGGAUCCUAUACAGACUGAUCCUAUACAGACUGAUCCUAUAAAGACUGAUCCUAUGCAGACUGAUCCUUUACAGACUGAUCCUUUACAGACCGAUCCUAUACAGACCGAUCCUAUACAGACUGAUCCUGCACCAGCUGAUCCUAUACCAGCUGAUCUUAUACCAGCUGAUCUUAUACCAGCUGAUCUUAUACCAGCUGAUCCUAUACCAACUGAUCCUAUACCAACUGAUCCUAUACCAGCUCCCAUCCUAGACAGCCUGCUAACGGAAGAUUCUGAAGGUUCUGAUGAAGAGUGUGAUCAAAGAGUUGCUCCACCCUCUAAAGUGGUUCUAUACAGGAAGAAGGUGGUUCAGGAGGAGUUGUUAAGACAUCAUACCCUGCGGCGCGCCGAGAGCCAUGUUCGACGCAAAAGGCUGCACUACCAGCUGGAGAGGAUCGCUCGUAAGCGCCAUCUACUGGACGCUAAGAGGGAACUGCAGAGGCUAGAGAAGGCCCUGCCACCUGGACUAGAGAGCCCUGUGUCUCCUGGCCUGGGGUCCCCCUCAAGGUCAAGAGGACGUCAACCUGUUUUGCGCAGGCAUUCUGUCUCAUCAGACCUGCUGUCCCGCUUAUACCCCCAACACACCCCAAUCUUCAGCCACUUCCUGAAGAGAAACAGACUAUCUGAACUGACAUUUGGAUCCAUCUGUUCCAGACAGUGGGUGUCUGAUGAAUGUCUUCCACGCGAGAGGACAAGGAGUCGCUCCAACACAUUCUCCUCAGGAACACAACACAGUAGUCAGGUGCAUGGGUACAGGAGUAGAGCAAGUUCCUCAGAGAACCUCAAGCCGCCUGUGAAGGAGGAGGCUCUAGUUCAGCCGCCAUGCCAUGAAAGACCAGAGAGGAAACCACUGCUUCCAAAACAUGGACUUGAAUUUACAUUCAAGAACAAUCAGAACCCAUCACCAUCACCAAAUGGAGCGACUCUACAGUCAAGCAGUAAUGUCAUCAUAAAGGGACCCACAGUUACAGUAAGCGAAUCUAUCAGUCAGACUCAGCGGGCUUCAUGUCAGGGAGUGAAGAACCUUCCCCGUGGUAGUAGCAAAGGCUUGGAAACGAUCCAGAAGGUCUUAUCACGCUCAGUCGGCCCUGGGAUAAAGACACCGUUAGCCAGGGUGUUUAGAAAACCACCAUCAGGAUUGAGUAUUGGAGGCAGAGGGACCAAGCCUAGUGGUAAAACAGCAAGCCGAUUUCACUGGAAACUAAAGAGAGGUGUAGAAGGCGUCAAGAUGAGCAGGAAGAAAUGCACGAUGAAAACAGCUGUCUCAUGUGAGGACCUUGAUAAGAAUCCUUCACAUGAUUGUGGGUGGAGACAAAGAUGGUGGCAUAGUGCAGAGACUCUGGUGAACCAGACCAGCAUCCUAAGGUGGGUGGAGAGACUGCAGGGAUUGGGACUGGCAGGAUCGGAGAAGUAUGACGGUGAGGAAGAAGAAAUGGGGGAAGAAGAGGGAGACCAAUCCUCAGACUGUGACAGCUUGUUCUCUGUGGACUCCCUGUCCUCAGUCCACGCUACAGCCCUGGCAGAGCAGCUGAAGCAGGAGGAGGCUAUCCAGAGCGAAGGAGAGAGUGAAGACAGUCAGAUGUUGAAGGACUCAAUGGCUAUGGAGAGCAGAGGGAAGCAUAUUGCAGCAAGGCCUGCACAGAGACGGACUGUGGUUGUACCCAGUCACUCUGUGGUGAGGGAUUGUCUCAAUCCCUCGAUUGGAAAAACUAUAAACAUGGCGUCGGAGAUUCAGCCAACUGAAGAGGGAAGAGAAGACAUUGGGAAACCUAAUGAAAUGCCAGCAGAGGCUUCCUGGAGCCAUCAUGGCGGCCCUAAAACCCGAGUCAAUAAAGCAACUGGCGCAACAAGGGAAUCACUGUACCAGAAUCAGCCAGCAACAGAACCCAGGUGUAGGGACCCUGUAUCAAAGCUGAGUGAAGAGCUUGGGCAUGUCCACACCAUGUUGACCAGCAGCCCUUGCUCUCUGAGCAGCUGUAGUGUGGGGGAACCAGAGAGUUUGCUAGUGCUUACAGAUGAAUGGUCCUACACUGAUGCAGCAGAUAGUCCUAGGAUCCUUAGGGACUCUGCCGUGUUGAGGAGGAGGAUGGUAUUUAGUCAUGGUGCGUUGGACCUCAACAGUAGUCCUAGCCCCAUCAGUGUGGAUCUGUCUGACUGUCAGUGUGGAUUUGGAUCCACUGGAUCCCAUAGCUCUGCAUCUACCGACAGCACAGAGGGCGAACAUGUUCCAGUAGAGGAACAAAGACUUGGGGUUUCAACUGAUUCUUUGAAUUUCCCUGAUUCUCAGCUUCUCCAAAUGUCACCGCUACGUUUGAUGAUGCCAUUGAAUCACGAGGCGGUGUGUUGUAAGGGCUAUUUUGAACGUCAGUUAGUCAGUUCAGAAGGUUUGCUGAAGGGAUCUAUUAAUGAUCCAGGUUUACACCAAAAUCAAAGUAGAGAUGUCUCAGCAGAGCUUCUUUCACAUAGAUCUGCAUGUGCUCCAACCAUUGACUAUAAGAUUCAAUGCACCCCAUCAACAUCAACAUUGGAGGCUGACAUUUUUCAUGGGCCUCAGAUGCAGCAGGUCACAUUAUCUCCAGAAGUGAUGUUUGAGGGAGUAGCAGACCUAACAAACUACACCAAUACUAGUUUGUCUACCUACAGUCAUCUGUCAAAAGCCAGUCUGUUAACUUACCCUAAAACUGAAGGUGAGAUGUUGAAUGAGACACCUGCCAUCGAAAGUGCCCCAAAUAAUUAUUCUGGAGAUAAUGAACUAUGCAAUUUAGAUGGAGACAUGGAAGAAGUCAGAGAAGAGGAGUUUUGCGAAGCAAGCAAUACCAAAGACAUAUCACUUGAAAGUGAGUUUAAAAUUCUGCAAACGCUUGAAGCCAAAGUCACAGAGCAGGACUGUGUGUUGCCAGAGCAGGACUGUGUGUUGCCAGAGCAGGACUGUGUGUUGCCAGAGCAUGAGUUUUUCAAAGUGUAUUGUAAAAAUUCCAUAAAGAAGAACAAAGGCCUGCAGGACAAUUUCAUUGGCAGCUUGAAAAUUCCAAAGAGGAGCAACGGAGGGGACUUCACAGCGCUGUCUACUGUAACAGUCAAGAACAGCCAGGAAGUUAUUUCACCAGAUGACAACAAUAACACCAGUGAAUUAAAAGACAAACAAACUUCCUCUGCAGUCGAUUCAUUUAAACUAAAUCUGAGCUGCAAUGAAGGUCACUUCCAACGAGAUACCUCGGCUUUAGUAGCAAUGUCAGUGUCUGUGCACAUAUCCCAUGAAAAUCUCUCUCCAUGUGGCCAUAAAACCAUUGACACGGGUGGCCAUAAAGAGUCUCCUUUUGGAGAGAAGGCCGUUAUUGAAAAGAGAAGAGAAGUAGAACAAGUUGAAGAAAGAGAAUUUCAAGGGCGGGGUGAAAAGCUCAACUCAGGAAGCAAGAGAAGAGAAGUAGAGAAUGUUAGAUUGGGACAUCACCAUGGUGAUAGUAACUGUAGUACAUCAGACCACCGAAUCUCAGAGGUGAUGAAGGAGGAUAUGAGGAUGUCAUUUAUAGAUGGGGGUGGAGACAACAGUAACAGUGAACUGGACAGUCAGAGUAGUCAAAUCCUUAAUGCCUUGCCAACAAGCAAUCCUAACAAAUGUGAUUCACCAAAAGGUCUACAAGCAGUGAAGGAUCAUCAAAUAGCUGAUGAUCCACUGGUAAUCAUUAAGCCAGGCUCUUGUUCAACAUCAGAAAAGUCUUGUAUCGAUUCUGAGAUUCUAAAAAUGGACAACACGAGCCACGGAAAGGUUCUUAGACCCUCUACUUCCAUCAAAUUCAAUUCUAUGAAUCAACUAAGUUUGAUAAGUAAAGAGAAUGAUCCAGACCAUAGGACAAAGAUCUCUUCGGGGUCCCAGUUAAGUAAGAGCUUUCAAGAGAACAUGAGAGAAGUGCAACUGAAAAAUGGAAUAACUGAUGUUGAUGCAAGGGAAUACAAGGGUCAGGAUGCUUCUGGCUGUUCUGUCAUUACACCAAAUGCAAGUGUCAAUUCUGGUGCAGCAUCUUUCACCGUUAAAAGCCAUGAAAUCCAAUUAAGUCUGGCAUUGAACAACCGAGGGAAACCUGAAUACAUCAACAAGCCUGUACUGCUGCCAAUGGGAUGUUCUUCAAUGUCUACUUCCACCCCCACUGCACCCAAAGAAUUCUUACUUUCUCCAGGGAAAGUGUUUGAAAGGGAUGUCCCUUUUUCGCAUAUGGAGAACAUAAAGAAAGAAACAGGUCCUGAGAAGUAUCAUCCUCAUCAUGCUUGUCUUAGUAAUAACGAUAAACAAACUGUCAACCAGGCCGCUUCACCUGAGCAAAACCUGAAAUCUAGUGCUCUACAACCUCUCCAGAACUGCCCAGGAACAGUGUCCUCAGUGACUACGCCACCCAAUAUGGCCUUUGCACAUGCAAGGGACCUCAUAAUGGAUUCAGAAUAUGAGGUUCAAGGCGAAAACAAGAACCAAUGCAAAUUGACCUCAACGGGUGCAAGUGGACAACUUUACUUAAAUGAUUGUCAUCGGCAAGCACUCUCAAAUAAUUUCUGUGAAUCACAGAAGCUACAGGAGACAGGCAGAAAAAAUCACAUUGAGGUCAGAAAUGAGCUCCAAAAAGACCCUCCCUAUGCAACAAAUCUGAGUCAGGAACUACCACAGUCAAAGUGCUCACUGAGUCAGGAACUACCACAGUCAAAAUGCUCACUGAGUCAGGAACUACCACAGUCAAAAUGCUCACUGAGUCAGGAACUACCACAGUCAAAAUGCUCACUGAGUCAGGAACUACCACAGUCAAAAUGCUCACUGAGUCAGGAACUACCACAGUCAAAAUGCUCACUGAGUCAGGAACUACCACAGUCAAAAUGCUCACUGAGUCAGGAACUACCACAGUCAAAAUGCUCACUGAGUCGGGAACUACCACAGUCAAAAUGCUCACUGAGUCAGGAACUACCACAGUCAAAAUGCUCACUGAGUAAGGAACUAGCACAGUCAAAAUGCUCACUGAGUCAGGAACUACCACAGUCAAGAUGCUCACUGAGUCAGGAACUACCACAGUCAAGAUGCUCACUGAGUCAGGAACUACCACAGUCAAAGUGCUCACUGAGUCAAGAAGUACCACAGUCAAAAUGCUCACUGAGUCAAGAACUACCACAGUCAAAAUGCUCACUGAGUAAGGAACUAGCACAGUCAAAAUGCUCACUGAGUCAGGAACUAUCACAGUCAAAAUGCUCACUGAGUAAGGAACUACCACAGUCAAAGUGCUCACUGAGUCAGGAACUACCACAGUCAAAAUGCUCACUGAGUCAGGAACUACCACAGUCAAAAUGCUCACUGAGUCAGGAAUUAACACAGUCAAAAUGCUCAUCUGAAACUCAGGUUGACAAAUUUCAUAAGACUUUUGUGACCGUCGAUCCUGAUCCUAAAAAUAAACAUCCCAGUGUAAAACACAAAACAUGUCAUGUUGAAAAAUGGCUGAAGACUCAGUGCAAUGUGAGCAACUUUGCCUCUGACAAUACCAAAGAUUGCCAAAUGGCUAAAAAUGAAGAAGGGUCAAGGACUGAUGGAUCUCUGGCAAAAUCUCCUGAAACCUUGUUUGAUGUACCAAGUAAAAUAAAUAGUAUUGGAUCUUCUCCGUCCCAAAUAACACAUGGAAGUAGUGAUGCUAAUAUGAAGAUAUUGGGUGACAUUUGCAGAGAUAUCAUGUCCAGAGAGGGAAAUACCAAAACAUCUAAUUGCAGGCAAUCUCAUCAGUUCUGUGGCAGUAGUGUUGUUCAUUACAAGAAGGGAAAGUCCAAGAGGUUCAGAAGGUCCAAAGCCCAGGCACCUCCUAGCUCAUCCUCUGACUCCACACUCAAGUCUUCCUCAGAUGAAGAAGAGAAAACCCCUCCCAGGUUGGAUCAAAACAGGUCUUCAUCAACAAGAAUGAAGUCAGGAACUCAAACUAAUGGAAAAUUAGAGGAGAUGAUUCAAUGCAAUGGUGGAGAAAUGUCUCUAGUGAAAAGACAAUCACCACAGUCAAAAGACAAUCACACUCUGGAAGCUUGUACUGACCAGACCCCAUAUAAAUAUGAUGAUAAAGCUGGAGUUGGCAUCAGUUUGGGUCAGAAAGAACACAGCCCCAAUGGACAAUCACCACAUAUAGAGAAAAGGACAAAUCGGGAGAAAAUCAUGUCUUCCAGUAUCAAAGAAACUGAGAUGUCACACUACACACCAAAGACUCAAGAUUUGCCAAUGCAUUUUGCCUCCAGCGACAUCAAUCCCUUUGCUCACCAAUGGCAAGAAGAAGAGCCAAACCAAAGCUGCUACAAGAACCAGGUGUUUGGAAGUGCCGCUGACAUUUCUUGUAAAUCACCGCUGCUGGAUUCCACUACCAAACAUAUCACUAGAUGCUGCAGAGUCGACAAUGGUUUAAACGUGCAGAACUCUCUUUUCAACUCUCACCUGAGCACUUACGCCAACAACAAGGGACUCUCCAGCACCCUGAGCAGCAUGGAGGAAGAUUUCAAAGAUCAAACGUCCCUCAAAGCCCAUCUGAAAGAACGUACUAACCAAGUCUCCGGUGUUGACGAUCACAAUCAACAAGUGACUCCGACCAUGAGCUGUAACUCAUCUUCUUGCUACAAUGUAUUUGGAGAUCUUGGUAACAGCACUGGCCAGGUGGAUGAGAUCAUGUUGGUUUAUGACUCUUCAGAGCGGGCGUUUCAGGGUAACGGGUUUCAGAGGUCUGAAACAAACACCAGAUGUGACCAGAGCACCCAGACAACCUUCACUCAAGAAACCACGACUCAGACAACGAUCAACCAUGGUGAUCUACAGAGGAGAAACAACCGUCACAGAAAGAGCAGCACUCAGGUACCAGUGUUGCAGAAGACCACAGAGGCCUGUAGAGAGACCACCACAUGGGCCAGCCUUCAGAACAUGUCUGAGCAUCUCUCACAGCUGAUAGUAAACACGUCUGAUCUUCUGGGGAAUGUUCAGGGUAUGAGGUCUGGCGAAAGCCUCAAACAUAGCCUGAUAAGAAAUGUUAAAUCUUCAUCUCAUCUGUACUCCUCCACAGAUUGGAUGAAGAGAGACUGCUCAACCAAAACUGCAGUAGAUAUUGGGAUCCAGACCAAAAGGACUUUAACACCCGUUCAAGACAAAAUGUCUAUCCCCCAAACUCUGUCCACAGAGAGGUCCAAAGCCCAUGAAGUUAACGUGAUAGUCAAAGUGAUUGGCUCAGAAGUUCUCACUGUGUCACAAGACAAAGGGCUUCCUCUUCAACAUCAACUCAAGAAAAACCUGGAUGAUAAUAUUCAGAGCAUGCCUGACCUGCGACUCAAUGGCUUCACUGUUAACCAAAGAUCUAUCUUGGAACCAGAGAGUCUCCCACACAAAGUCCCUUCCCUGGAGACUGUCCAACGCCACAAUCAUUCAAAUCCUGCCAUUCGUCAUAUAAGCAAUGAGGACUGCAAUCCUGAAAGAGUGUCCUCCUCCAAAAGCUUGGGAGUAUCUGAAGUCUGCCAUCAUUUGUCAGAAAUACUCAGACCAGAAUGCCAUAAUAUCUUGAGAAGGAGUGACCCGGGAAUAGGCUAUAGAAAACAAGUGAGCUUCACAGACCGUGCAUGCUCACCCAUUCUCACUGUGCGUCCCAGGGCUGGUUCCAACCAGAGCAGAAUAAAGUAUUUACAGAGUCCCAAAGAAGAACAUAAGUUUGAGACGCAAAAUAGAAGUAAACACCACAUUUCGGACCAGUCAACACCUUGUUUAAGUUACAGCGGACACAAAACAUGCAUGUCUUUCAUAAAGAAUGAUAAGAUAUCAGGACAUGACUCCCUUCAUCUGUGUGACAAGCCAGGUGAUAACUCCACCACAGAAUCAAUGGGAUUGAUAUUCCUCGAGAAUGUGAGUGCCCUCAGCCAUUCAAGACCAAAAGGGUCUGAUGGAUGCUCAGGAAGUCUUAGUUCGUCCAUCGACAAUUACAUCCACAAUGAAACCAGCGUUGUCAUCCAGGACGAAGAAAAGGAAAUGAGCAUAUGGCACAAAACCAGGCAACGUCCAAUAUGGUCCCUUCCUUCUGUUCUAAGCAGUAACAGAGUCGCUAUGCAGAACCACACCUCUCUCGUCUUUAGUCAGACUGGUGAGUCCAAACACGAGGAGAAAUCCUUCUCUACUUUUGGAGAUCAACUAAGCUACAGAAGACAUUCAAUAGAUUACCACAACAGUAGAUCAUCAGAGCGUCCAGUGGAGCACUUCACUGGUGCUUAUGAACAUUCCCCUAUCAGUGACAGCACCAUCCAUGUUCAGGAGGAUGACAUGGUGUCGUUGGGCCCAAGCGAGUGCAACACAGACAUUCUAGUGAACACCAACCCAGUCACCCACACUCCCAACUUCCAACACUCCCCAUGCCAGCUAGAUCACCAGCGGCUCCCUGAGGACCUACCUGUGCACAACAAGUUCACCAACUGGUCUGGUAUCAGUCAGCAUCCCUCUGAGAUAGGACGGACUAAUAGUUUAAUGAAACCAGCCGUGUAUCUACCUACUGGUCAUGAAGCACAGAGGAACCAGCCAGAGUGGGCUGAGCUGGAGAGCCAGGAGUCAGAGUCCAGCUUGAGUCCAGAGCCCAUGUUCCAUAAGGACAAGAAGACAAGAGAGAUAGAGAGGCUACGUAAAGAGCGCGAGCAGGUCAUGGCUACGGUCCAACUGAACAUGAACCCUCAUCAUCUGACCUUGGAGCUGACUGAAGCUAAGCUGCACUACGGUCUGGGAGAGAUGGACACGUUGUUAAAGAUGCUGACAUCUGGUGGAACCAAGGAGGAGGAACAGUCCCCUGUCCCUACCAAACAGCAGCUCUAUGACCAGCACCGGAGGAGCAUUGAGAGUUUGAGAAAGGACAGGGAAGCUCAGCUUCAGACCUGCCGUAGGACUCGCAGCCUCAGCCCUAGCAAGCACCACUUCACCCGGUCCCCUCCUCAACCCAGAUCCCCUCCUCAAAAAGACCCCAGAGUUUCAGCCCUGCCUAGUCGCUGCAGAGGCUACCUUCAACAGCUCUGUCAGGAGGUAGUGACGAGUAGGAUGAUCCCAGAUCCAUCCAGAGGAGAGGGUGAAUAUCCCCCUGAGAUAGAGCAUCUUCUGCGUGACUACGGCCGUGCACAUGAGGAGGCCAUGACAGAGAUAUACCGUGCACGGGAACGGUUCCGCGAGAGGACAGAGCAGGAGAAAAGACGGCUCCAGCAACAGACUCUGUCUCAGAUGGUCAAUGAUGACUUGCGGUAUCGGACCAGAGUCAGCAGCAGUACACUGUACACUGGGUCGAGUCUGAGCCUAUCCUCUGGACCAACCUCUGGCUACAACAGUGGCAACACAGCUCAGCUGAGGGACGGCAGUAGACACCCACUGACACAGGAGGUCACUGAGGUCCUGGGUGAUGGGCUGAAGGUCAGGUCUCGCCCUGCCAUCUGUGGUUCUCAGAGUGUGAAGACCCAGCGUGCCUGGCUCUCUGCCCAGGAUGUAUGUCUGGCGCCUGGUGUGUCAGGGUAUGACCCUCUGAUGUCAUCCUCACCAUCAUCUCCUACGAACCUACGACAGCGCACCUCCUCUUUUGGCUCCGCCUCGUCCAUAUCGACAGCCUAUCAGGACUUCACUUCCUGUCUGCUUGGUCGAGCUAUGGCUGAGGUGCGCUUGGCUGCUGCUAGUGACAUGGGGAACCUAGUGAUGGGGAAAGCUGCAGCUGGUUGGAGGUACCAGGGCGUGGAGCGAGGUGUCCAGGCCUUCUACAAGCCCUCCUCCAGCCCAUCUGUGCACUGUUUCCUUGGGGCGGUGGAGCUGGAGAGGCCCCUGGCCAGCCUGUGGAGCAUGGUCCGAGACCACUCCAAGACCCACCUGUACCAUGAGGCUAUCCGGUCUGCCUGGACACGACCACUAGAUGACAGCACUCAGUUGGUCUACCUACUGACAGACCCAUCCAGCUGCCACCUCAAACAGCCCAGAGACUUUUGCUGCAUCAGCACCCAGUCACAACAGGAUGAGCUAUGUGUGCUGGCCAUGCAGUCAGUCUUCGAGGAGUCUCUCCCUCGGCCCAGUGUAGAGGCUGUCCGAGGGGAGAUGUUGCCUAGCGCCUGGGUCCUUCAGCCAAUCACACGCCACGUCCGAGAGGUCGUCAGGGUCAUCUACCUACUGCAGGUGGACCUGGGCACUCCAUCCCUUCCUCAGAGACUGUUGGGAUCAGUGGCUAGGAGACAGGCGUCCGUCCUGGCUGAGCUCGACUCCCUUUUCUCUUUGUGAGACUGACAGCAGGGUCAGGGUCGUGUUCAUUAGGCACCAAAAGGAAGAAAACAGACUGAAACAAGGAGGGACUAACUGGACUUUUCCAAUAAGAAAUGCACAUUUUCUUUUUCCAUUGCAAAACAUGUUGCUACAAUGUGCUCCAAUGAACACGACCCAGAUCAGCUGUCCAAUUAGAACGUCUCUCAUUGCAAAACUUUUGCUAUGGUGUGCCCUAAAGAACACGCCCCCAGGUUAAUGGUCACACACGUAAAAGUGAGCACUUAGACGUACGUCCUGAAUCUGAUAUGGGAUCUGUCUCUAUUGUAAUUUGCAAUUUAUUUACUUGAUUGUAUCCUUAUGAAGAACACUGAUGACAUUGAUUUUGUGAUACUAGGUAUCAUGCAGCUUGUUUACAUCGAAUCAUAACUGUGUUUUGUGUUUAAAAUGGUUCAUUGAAGACCUGUGUUUAAUGUGUAUGAUUAUACCAAUCCUUUAAGUAUAUUGCCAAAGAUUGAGUGGUCUAGACUGGCUGUCACGGAGGGUUGAGGAU